AUGCCACCAGCUUCAUCGUCUCUACUAUGCCUGCCGGCAAAGCUACGCAACAGGAUCUACGAGUAUGCCAUGAUAACCAACCAGCGGAUCGUUUUGGUCCGCGGCGUCAAUGACUACGAACACGCUCUCAUCAAGGUCAACAAGGAGAUACCACAGGAGACAUUGGAGGUUUUCUACGGCGGCAAUACCUUCGUCUUCGAGGUUCCGCUUCACAUCGACCGAUUCUACUUCAAGCCUCGCACGCUGAGAUUUUCCUGGAUGAAGGGCAUGCGUACAGCGAUGGUAAGGGCCGGGAUAGUGCCUGAAAGGGUCUCAUACAUUCGUACUUCACCGCAUUGGGGUAGGGAAGUCUAUGCUUGUAUUACUGCGACAGGGCGUGGUGUGGAUCUGCCUCUGUCUGGUACAGUACCAGCGUCUUUCAUCCAUCACUUCGAUCAUCACAGUCUUUUGGUAUGA